CUCCCACCAAGAAUCAGCAUGGAAUGGUUUGGAUUGAAGGAUACCUUAAAGCUCAUCUUGUUCCACCUUCCACUAGUCCAGGCUGCUGCUGCAAGCCUUGUUGUUGAAGAUUUCCAGGAAUAGGGAUAACUAUUCCAAAAGCAGAGGUUGAUGCUGGGAGGCCAGGGACAGCCCUUCUGGGGUGUGUUGGUAGCACCACACAUGUGCUCAGGCUCUCAAAACCCCUAUCAGUGCUUUUAGGUGGCACCUCUCCAAGCAGGCGUGCCCAGCAGGGCCAAGUAAUUAACAGCUUUUCACCUACUCCCUGCUUUUUUACAGCUUGUGGAUCAUUAAGCCUCCAGUUUGGCAGCUGCCCAGGUUUAAUUGGUUUCCAUCUAAACUCUUCACUCCCUUUCUGUGAUUCUCCUGUUGGACUGGUGGGACUCGGAUCAGCCUCGCUGCAGCUUAGGGAGUCCACAGACAAUUGAGUUCUGGGGUUUUUAAAGGUAUAAACAUUGUGGUUGAGCAAAUGAGAUGGGGAGUGUUCUGAGAAGCACAACAGAGGCAGAAAUCCUUUUUUGGGGCAGGACUGGGGCUCCUUUAUCAACCUCAGUGCUUUCUCCUGUUCAUCACAGCCUCAGUUUUACAUGGUGUUUAUGAAGUGGAGAUGGGGAGUUGAGUCUUUACCAUCUCCAAAAACUUCUCCCCUCUAGAUUCUAGCAGGACCCACUGUUCUGGGCUGUGGGGUGGCUGGGAUGAGGGGUCUGGUGGCACUUGGUGUGGGGGGCAAACAGCCCAGGCUCGGGUAGUGUUGGGAGCUGCAGCACAGAGGGCUCAGGUACCAGCCUGGUGUGAGACUCAAACCUGCCUCCCUCGCUUGGCAGAGGCCCUGCUGCUCUCACGUGGAGCUGUGGGGGGAGCUUGUUCUGGAAGCUCCUGCAGAGAUGGGGGGGUCAAUAAGCUGCUGCAGAGGUGUGAGGUGGGUCUUUUGCAGGGGUGGAGGGGUCAGGAAGCUGCUGCCUUCUCUGUGAGCAUGCAGGAGAUGCUGUGCUGCUGCUGUGACAUCUCAGCUGGAUGUGCCCCAGAUGGGAUCGUGCCCAAGCAGUGCUGGUUGGUCAGUAAAGCUACAAUGAGUAUUUAGUCCCGUCCUCAUGUAGCUGUAUGGGUUCUGUCAGAGAGAGGGGAGGAGCAGGAGCCCCUCUGCUCUGUAGCCAGGCUGGCAGAGCUGGGGAUGUCACCUGGAAGAAUCUCCAGGGAGACCUCAGAGCCCCUUCCAGUGCCCAAAGGGACUCCAGGAGAGCUGGAGAGGGACUUUGGACAAGGGCCUGGAGGGACAGGACAAGGGGGAAUGGCUUUCCACUCCACAGGGCAGAGUUAGAUGGGAUAUUGGGAAGGAAUUCUUGGCUGUGAGGAUGGAGAAGCCCUGGGCCCAAGAAGCUGUGGCUGCCCCUGGAUCCCUGGAAGUGUACAGGGCCAGGCUGGACAGGGCUUUGAGCAAUCUGGGAUAGUGGAAGAUGUGCUUGCCCAUGGCAGAGAGUAGAAUAGGAUGGUUCUUAACCUUUCAACCCAAAACAGCUGGUGGUUCUAUGAGAUAGUGACAUUUCACAUGUGAUGGACCCCAGAGAGCCCAGUUCUACUGGAGGUCUGGUCAAAGCCAGGAGAAAAUGCUGGAUUUGGUUUUGCAGGGCCAUGGAAAGAUGUAGGUUAGAAGGGACCAGCAGAAGCCUUAACUGCAACCUCCUGCUUUAGGCAGGGUUCCAAAGGUCAGGUUGAUCAGAGCAUUUGGUGUCCACUCAGGUACAGGAACCCCCUGAGGAUGGAGGUCCCAUCACUGUGGAUCUUGUCACAGCAUUGUGCCACACAACCCUUGAAAGGGUUGUUUCAUCACUGAAAGGAUGGUCGGGCCCUGGCACAGCUGCCCAGUGCAGUGGUGGAGUCACCACCCCUGGGGGUGUUCAGAAGACCUGUGGGAUGUGGCAGGUGGAGACGUGGUGAUCGUGGCAGUGCUGGGGGAGUGGUUUGGAAUGGAUGAUCUUGUGACCUGGGAGGGCUUUUCCAACACUAAUGGUUCUAUGAAUCCCUGAUUGUCUGCUAGGGACAAGCCCCUGUGCCUGGUGUCUUGUGUCCUUUUGCCAGGCAGGGCCAUGUCUCCACAACCUUUCUAUAGACAGUGGAAAACUAAAGUUCAGCCUCCCCACGUCCACUUUUCUCCUGCCUAGUGGGUCUCUGCUGAGCUCCCAGCCCCAAAAAUCCCUGGACAGGGACCAUGCCCUGAGGGUUUACCCUGGAUUCUACACACCUGCUGACCCUGCACUGGUCCCUCAGAGUGGCUUAGGGAGUGACAGAGACCACCAUGGGGACACCAGGAUAGGAUCACGGGGGCUGCACAUCCUGACAGAGGCAUGAGGGGGGCUGGCAGAGGUGGUGGGACAUGGCCCAGGAGAAGCAGGGUGGAACUAGAGGUGCUUUUUGGGCACCUCCUGCCCGAGCUGCAGUGGGACAGCUCUGACCAUGCUACCCUCUGCUGGUCAGCAAGCACGGCAGGGCCCAGCCGUGUCUGCUCACCUGUGCCCAGGUGUUGUCCAGCUCCCCCACGAGGCAGCAGAGCUGCCCUGUGCCCAGCAGCUCCUGCCCUUGGGGGCUGCAGCCUGGGAAAGGGGCUAUGGCACCCAAACCUGCCCUGAAGGGACAAACCAGGGAUUGGAUUGUGCCCAAGCACCCUGGAGCCUCGAGGUGAUGGCACCACUUGAGGGGUCAGACUGAAGCCCCCAAGCCCCACGGCCAGCAGAGCUGUGAGAGGGGAUGUCACCCUGUCACCCAGCUCUGUGGGGAUGUCACCUCGGGGCAGGACUGAGCCCGGAGCCCCAUCACCUGCCCUGAGGGUCCCGUGUGGAUGGGAUGAGCCGUGGGCAGCCCACGGAGCAGAGCCCUUGGCUCACCCACAGCCUGGCACAGCGAGUCCUGCAGGGUUUGCUGCAGGGCAGGAGGUGCCAUGUCCCCCCUGGGCAGCCUGGCAGGGUGAGAGCCCUGCCCCUGCUGUGUCUGGGAAUGGACAGCUGAGAAGACAGGAGUGGAGAAGGAUGUUCACAAAGCUCCUUCACACCCAGGGCUGCAGGACCAGCUCCUUCCCUUGGUGGCUGGUGCCUGGAGAAGCAGUGACUGCGGUGAGCAGAGGGGCGGGGGUCUCAGGCAGGGGUUGGCAGCCCUUGGCUCUCCCCCGGGCUGUGAGGAUGGAGCUGGAUGGUGAUCCAGAACUGCCCACGGACAUCCCAGCUUACCAGAACAGUGACAGUCGCAAAACUGCUCCCCCCGAGCUCCCAGGGCUCGGCAUCCCUGGAGCUGAGCGUUACCCGUGCGUGGGAAAGCAGCCUUGCUAAGGGAACCCACACUGCUCUGCUCUGCUCUGGUCUGCUCUGCUCCGCUCUGCUCUGCCGGGGGAACCCACACUGCUCUGCUCCUUCCCAAGCGCUGGGAUGAUCAGGGUGACCUCCGGGGCCGCCUGACGUCAGGAGCCUGGGUCUCCUGGGACACCCAGGAUCUCUGCCAGCGUGGCGAGGUUGGCCUCAGGGAGCAGGAACCAGUUCCUGGCUCCGCCAGCCGCCCUGCCCUCUUAAUGAGGGAUAAUGAGGUGCAUCUCAUCAGCGCUGCAGACUUGCCCGCUGGCCACGGCGGCUGCCGGCAAAGCCCCCGGCAGGGACCGGCACUGAUGGAGGGGCUGGGGCCGGACAGGACUCCAGCCGGGGGCUCUGCGGGCAUGGGUCUGCAAGGGGUGCAGGAGCAGGGUGGGCGCUGGGACAGCAGCUGCGUGCCAAGGAGCCAGGGGCUGGUCCAGCCUCCAUCAAUGACCCCGGCACUUUGUCGGGGGGAUUUCUUCCCAUUGCAGAUCUCACCUGGGUGAAGGAUCCACUCUCACGGCGUUUGCAAGGGCACAUUCAGCUGCCCAGCCAGAUGUGACCGUCACCCGCCCUGGCAGCCCACAGCACGCACAAGUCCCCAGUUGUGCCCCCCGGCAGCCCAGCCCAGCCCGGGGAACCCUCGGUGCCAGGCGCUGGCACAGGAACAGACAGUGCUGUGGUGGCCGGGAACGAGACGGGCUGGAAAGGAGACGGUGUUUGGCUGCAAGGGGGGGAGGAUCAGGCAGGAGGACCGGGCUGCUCUGCCCUGGCCCUGCUUCACGGCUCCUUCCCCCUGCACAGGUCACACGGGCUGGGGUAUGCUGCUCCUUGCUGUGGGAGAGCCUGGCGGCUUCAAACCGCCGUCUUGGGCUUUGAGGGAUGGGAGCUCUGUGUGCUAAGGGGUGGCCCAGCACCCUUGGGUGAAUGGCUGGGGUGGCUGUCAGGGGUUGUCCCCAUUGCUGCUGUCUGUUCUCUGCUUUUGUCUCUCCUUCUGGGCUGCACUCGGGGUCCCCAGAGCCCCUGCCUGGCUGGUGCUGCAGACAGUCUACUGUCCCAGCUGGCACUGCACACCAGAAGCCCUUGCCCUGGCACUGCAGCCCAUUGUGCCUUCUUGGCUGGCACUGCAACCCCCAGUCCCAACAAAGAGCUGCUCUUGCACCUCCAACAGCCAUGCAGCCCCAUGCCGCACCCUGCACCGCUGCCGUGCAGCCCCGUCCCACACCCCGCCUGUUGACACUAAGGCCCUGAGGCUGCGCCUGCCCUCGGGCACCCCAAAAGCUCCUCCCGGGUGAAGCGGGGCUGCGCCGGGCCUGGUCGGGCCUGCGCCGGGGCUUCGCCUGGGCGUGAAGGGAGCCUGAGAGCAGGAGGGGCCAGGCGAGGCGGCAGGAAUGCGAGUGGGAGAGCGGCCGGGCAAGUAGCGACAGCUCCUGCGAGCGCGGAUCCCACACGCGGAUCGGGCAGGGAGCGGAGCCCGGCACAGGGCCGGCGGCCGGAAUGGGGCAGCCCGUGGCUCAGCCCCUCUGAGAGCCGCAGUGGGAGCGGCGAGUCCCGGGGGCAGCACGGCCACCGUGGGUCCUGGCCCCGGGAGCUCGGCUGGAAUUCCCCCGGCGGGUAAUGCCCGGCUGGGCCGGCGCAGGGUGCUGAGGAUCCCGGGGCCGAGUAGCCGUGAUGACCCCCGAGAAGGUGCUGAGGGAGGGGGUGCUGGAGAAGCGGAGCGGGGGGCUGCUGCAGCUCUGGAAGAAGAAGCGGUGCCUGCUGACGGAGAAGGGGCUGCAGCUCUUCGAGCCCAAGGGCUCACGGCGCAAGGAGCUGAGCUUCGCCCGCAUGAAGGCCGUGGAGUGCGUGGAGUGGAAGGAGAGGCACAUUUACUUCACGGUGGUGAUGGACGACAGCCUCGAGAUCGAUUUCCGCUGCGCCCAAGAGGAUCCGGGCUGGAACGCUGAGAUCACCAUGGGACUCGUGCGCUUCAAGAACCAGCAGGCAAUGCAGGAGUGGUGCAGCUGGAUGCAGCCCCGGUGGGACAGCCCAGGGAAUCGCAGCUUCCCAGGAGUCGGAUGGAGAUGGCUCUCAGCUCAGCAGGCGCUGGGGAGAACGGGAUCCCUGUGGGCAAGUGAGGUCACCGCUGUGCAGCCCUGGGACGAGGACAGUGGCCCCGGGGAGGCCGGUGCUGGCGCUGGCUCCCCCCUUGCUGGGGCAGGACAGAGGCACCGCAAGAGCUGGGCUGGCGCAGCUACCUCCCCUUGGCACAGUGGGGCAGAGGACACUGGCAGGGCCACCACCUGGCACUUCAGACAAGGCAGGAGGUGACAUCCCUGCCUGGGGCCUCACCAGCCUUCCUUCAGCUGACGUGUACAGGACCUUAGUGCACUGGUGGGGACCCCAGGCCUCUCCUGCAGGACAGGGGAUGGAUGAGGCUGUGCCCGAAGAAUCUGUGCCACAGGGAGCUCUGCCUGUGUGACAGUGACACUGGGACAGAUGGAUGUGGCUGGGUCCCAAUUUUAAAAAGAGGCUGGAAAGCUGCUGCUGCAGCAGAGACCCCUCAGCAGGGCACUGAAAUGAUGGUGUAGUGACCCAGCCAUGCUGCUGGACAUUGUCUCACCCUGGGAUGUCCUUGGGCUGUGGGGGAAUGCUGGGGACCCCAAUUCCCUGUACCAAAAGUGUCCCUUAACAGGACUUUCAGCUUCUUA